AUGGGUGCUACCAGCGGUUCUUCUCUGUUUGCGAACAAGGUUAUCAUGGCUCCAAUGGUCCGAGCAGGACGGACACCACUGAGACUGCUAGCUCUGAAGUAUGGCGCAGAUCUGUGUUACACUGAGGAAAUAAUCGACCAGAAGCUUUUAUCGAGUACUCGAGUAGUUAACAAUAUCCUGAAUACGGUAGAUUACGCGUUGGUGGAUGACAUUGUGUUACGCAUUGCUCCGGGUGAAAUCGGGCGCUGCGUUCUACAGAUUGGAACCAAUAGUGGGACAAGGGCGACCCAAGUAGCGAGAAUGGUUGGUGCAGAUGUAGCAGCGAUUGAUGUCAAUAUGGGUUGUCCAAAGCCGUUCUCUAUUCAUUGUGGCAUGGGAGCCGCUCUGUUGCUACAGGUCGAUAAGGUUAAAGAGAUAUUGACCUCUCUUGUUGGCGUAUCGCAGGUACCUGUCUCGUGCAAGAUUCGGGUUUUGGACGAUCUAUCGGCUACACUGAAUCUAGUUCGCGUAAUCGAAAACUGUGGCGUAGCUGCUAUAGGAGUCCACGGUCGGCGAAGAGAUGAGCGUGAUCAUCACCCAUGUAGGAUAGACGAAAUUCGUGAAAUCGCAAGAACCGUAAGAAUACCAGUCAUAGCAAAUGGUGGAUCCGCCGAUAUCAAUUGUUACGACGAUGUACUGAAAUUUCGGUCCGACACGGGAACGUCAUCUGUGAUGAUUGCGCGGAAAGCUCUUUCUUGUCCAUCGGUGUUUAGGCGCGAAGGUGUUCUUCAAUUUGAUGAAGAUGUCAGGAAUUUUUUAGACCUGGGAUUAAGCUGCUAUGAUGCCUUCGUUUUCACGUCCUCUUAUAUUACAGUCUUUCAGGAUCGUGAUCCUAGAGGGCGACAAACAGUCUUGGCUGGUAGCGUACAGGAGAUAUGUCGUGCUUGGGGAUGUGAGGAAAAGUAUGAGAAAUGUAGGAGAGAUAGGAUCCGAAAGCAAAACAAACGAGUGUUUUCUAAUGAGAUAUCCGACUACGAGAAGCGACUGAAGGACGCCAAGAAUGCUAGUGCUACACCGAAAUGUAUCCUCUUUAACUAUUGCAAAGAAGUGAACGCUGAGAAGCCUGUUUACUCUUCAGUAAACAAACGAUUUGAAGGUAGUGUUGAAGUGCUUGGGAAGAAAUUCCGAUCUCGUAAAGGGCAACCGAAUACACGAAUGGCGGAACAGGUGGCAGCAUUGGCAGCUCUCAUCGGAUUGAACUUAAGGCAUUUAUUAAAAGGAGACUGGGAAGAGAAACCUUAG